GGAACAUAUGUUUUCAAGCAAAGAUGAUAACAUUUGUUAAGGUAAAACUAAAUGUUGUUUGAACCACUCACUAUGAAGUUUUCGACACUAGCAAUAAUACAAUGACAAUAAUAUUCCCGAUGUGUAGAAAAAAUAUAGCACCUGUCAUACCCUCUAGGCUGCAAGUUAAAAUUUGUGACAGAGAACAAUUGAUUGAAUGAAUCACCAGCAAGCAGUAGAGAUGCUGAUAAAUUUUUGUCAUCAUUCUGUCGGUACAUUGAUUAAAGCAGAUAAAGUUUGCUUUGAUGGAAAUGAGGUUACUAAUCUGGUCUCAGAUGACCUAUUUGCCAAACAAAGAGGUUACAUUUCAGACCACUUUGUUAGACCUCCAGUAAAUAUUACCUUACAGUUUCCAUGUAACAUAUCCAUUUGUAGAAUUAUAAUUGAUCCUGUAGUUGGACAGCAAAAAUCAUGUGAGCUAAAGCUGUUUACAGCGACCAAGGUUGUGAGAGAAUCAUGGCUCUAUGGAUGCCAGCUAAAAUGUGUUAACACAGAUGGACUAUUGUUUAACUUUGCAGGAUCUGCCAGUCAAAAUGAACCAUUAAUAACAUGCUUUGAAAACAAGCUGUUUAGAUUGAAAGGCAAACUGGCACAUCCAGAUAAAUGCUUUCCUUAUAAUGUCAACUUGAAUUCUCGAAAACCUGGUGGUUUAACUAAUGUAGGCCACUUGACCAUUUGCAUUCAAAGAACUAAAGGUAGCAAAGCGGCUGCAAUAAAGACAUUAGAAGUGUGGGGUAUUCCUUCAAACAGUGUUCCCAGGAACAUUCAGCAGCAGCUUGUAACUGUAUACACAAAAGCAUUAUCAAAAAAUAACAAAACAGGUCACCCUGAGGCCACAGUUACUGACAAUGACAAAACACCAUCGGAUAAAGCUAGUGAUGAUGGUUUAUCUGAGUUGUCAAAAGUGUCCACCUCACUUGAACUGAAUGGGAUCGAAAUUCCAGAGGAGUUUUUGGACAGUCUUACUCUGGAGAUAAUGACUGUGCCCAUCUUACUACCAUCUGGGAAGAACAUUGAUCAACUGACAUUGGACAAGUUUGUUAAUAUAGAAGCUUCAUGGGGUCGAUCCCCCUCUGAUCCAUUCACUGCAUUACCUUUUACUGCAAAUUCUAAACCUCUGGUGAAUAGCUCUUUAAAGUCUCGUAUUGAUGCAUUUGUGCUGAACCAUUCAGAUACACUGCAUGUACCAAGGACCCUUGGUAGAGCCAACGAGAAGAGAGGACAAGCUAAACUUCAGUCUAGUAGGUUGGCAGAUUUUGAAAGUAUGGACAGACCUGUUUUAAAUGUUGACCAAACAUGUAGUACACAUGAACAGUCGCUUGAAGUUGGAAAUAAGGCAAAUGCAACUGAUGUUGAUUUAGAGCCAGUUAAAUGCGUAAGAAGAAAAAGGAAGUAUUCUGCCACUGUUUCGAAAUGUAAAGCAUUUGAAGAAACAACAAUACCAAAAGUGUGUAGGUCAGAAAGUAAGCAUAAAGAAUUUGACCAAACUGGAAAGCACACAGCUAAUGUUUCAUCUAGUGGUGUUAUUAAUCAAGUUGUAGAGAAAACUGUUUCUUGUAAAUCUACACAUGCAACUGAUUUGACUCUAAGUUUGGAUUCGGCACUGUCAUCUGCUUUGGGAAGCCUUCCAUCUUUCACUUCAAAGAAGUCAUCAAACUCCUCUUCAAACUCAGCACCAAAUGAAGACACAGUUAAUUUGACAAACAAGCUUACGCAUUGCGCUAAAUGCCAAAUAGGUUUGGAUGAAAGCAGUGUUGUCAAGUAUCAGCUCCCCUGUGGUCAUUUACUGUGUAGGGAUUGUACCAGACACAAGGCAGGGAGUGAUCAAUCAAAGAUGGUCUGUGAUAUUUGUAGCAUGGGUUACAACUCGAGUGAACUUGUUAGGCAAUUUUGAGUUGAAACAAGCAACUUUUGCAUGCAAGCCAAUGUGACUGCCAUGAUGAUAUUACAUUUAUUUAAAUAUUCAUGUUGCUCAACUGGCUAAUUUAAAAAUGUGCUGUUUCCAGAAUGUAUUUAUUCAUCUACAUUGUAUGUUAUAUGAUAUCAAUCAAAUAUGAUUAGAAAAAAUCAUUUUAUUCAAAUUCAAAGAUAACUCUUGAUACUAUUUCAAAAAAAUUCUUGGAAUUUUUUCCAUUUUUUGUUUUCUUUUUCACAGAAAAGAAGUUGAGUAAUGGUGAGAGCAUUGUCAUUGUUGUCACCAUUGGUAGGGUGCAUCUGUCCCCCCUUUCCCACUUAUCUUUUGUACUUGUCAAUAUGGUAGAAAAAAUAUGCAUAUCUAUCUAGCAUACAUAAAAUUGCACCGUAUUAUACUAAAAUAAGCCAAAAUUGUAUUGUGGGAGGUCACCAGAACCACCUAUAUCAUGUCUAGUCCCUAUAAUACAUGUCCCUAAGAUGAGCCCACUCUAUCUUAAAUCCAGGACCCGCCCCUACACUUGGUAACUUGGUCAUAACUAAAAAACUAUUUAAGAUAUGCUCAUGAAACUUGACAUGUUACCAGCGACAUGUUUAGCAAGGUCCACAUCUCUGGCUUUUACUGUUAUUGAGUUUAGUCACUUGUCCAAUUGAAAUUAAAACAUAAGAGCAGAAGCAUCCACUUGUAGUGCUCUUGUUUCUAUGUUCCAUGAUGAGAAUGGGAGAAUUCCUAGUAUAUAUACUAGUUUAAACUUUUACCUUUUAAAAGUACAUGAAAUAUGAUUUUAUUUGCAUAUUGCAUCACAACUAUGAAUUUGUAUUAAGUUUAAUAAAGCUUUAAAGCUC